AUGGUGGGGGUGGGUCCCCGCGUGCACUCAGUCAUCUCACGGGGCUCUCCAAAGCCAACGAUUCCACGAUUCUGUGACAUCGCAGCCUCCGGGGCAGUGCGGUGCCUGGAAACUGUCCCCAGCCCGUCAACGCGCCCACAGCACGGGCAGACGCUGCCGAGCACAGACGUGUGCAGAGCGUGUGGCGGCAGCUCAGCCUGCAGCAGCACCAUGGCUGGCCGCGGCUGGCAGUGGCUGCUGAGAGUCUACGUGCUCCUGAUGCUGGCCCGUCCCCUCAGUCCUGAGGGGCACACGGGCACCUGGCGCCAGCUGCCCGAGGACGUGGAGCAGCGGGACACGGGCCCUGAGACGACCCCCCUGCGAGUGGUGGCAGCAGUUUCUUUGGCUGCGUUCAUCCUGCUGCUGCUGCUGAUGGGAAUUCUCCUCAGACGGCGCCUUCGCAGAAAGCUCCAGAGCCGGUGGGGAGAGGAGAAGCUCCAGAGCCCCGCGGUCCCUGCAGAGCCGUUCUGCUACGGGGGACACGGCUGCGGCCAGGAGCUGCUGGAGGUGCCGAGGCACAGCCCUGCCCUGCUGGGGCCGUCCCUGAGCUACAGCUCUGUGCAGAGACACAGCCCUGCCCUGCUGGGGCAGUCCCUGAGCUACAGCUCUCUGCAGAGGCACAGCCCUGCCCUGCUGGGGCCGUCCCUGAGCUACAGCUCUGUGCAGAGGCACAGCCCUGCCCUGGUGGGGUCUUCUCUGAGCUACAGCUCUGUGCAGAGGCACAGCCCUGCCCUGAUGGGGUCUUCUCUGAGCUACAGCUCUGUGCAGAGGCACAGCCCUGCCCUGAUGGGGUCUUCUCUGAGCUACAGCUCUGUGCAGAGGAACAGCCCUGCCCUGGUGGGGCAGUCCCUGAGCUACAGCUCUGUGCAGAGGCUCAGGGAGGAGAGAGUAGCAAGCGGCGGCCUUUGGAAGAGGAGCGCACUGUGCUUCUCCGCUCAGCUCUGA